AUGGCUGCCGUCACGCCACGGAGGGUACCGUGGAGCCCGCACAUGGCUGCCGUCACGCCACGGAGGGUACCGUGGAGCCCGCACAUGGUUGCCGUCACGCCACGGAGGGUACCGUGGAGCCCGCACAUGGCUGCCGUCACGCCACGGAGGGUACCGUGGAGCCCGCACGUGGCUGCCGUCACGCCACGGAGGGAGCGCGUGGCGCCCCCCAGCGUGGCGGCGCUGCGCUCCAACUUCGAGAGGGCGCGCAGGGCCGCGGGGCCGGCGGCGGGCGACGCCGAGAGGCCCUUCUACGCCAACGUCGAGUUCCACCACGAGCGCGGCCUGGUGAAGGUCAACGACAAGGAGGUGUCGGAGCGCAUCAGCGCGCUGGGCAGCCAGGCCAUGCAGCUGGAGCGCAAGAAGUCCGUGGGGGCGGGCGGCGACGCGCCCCGGCCCCCGCCCCGCGCGCGGGCCUCGGAGGGCUGCGGCCCGGACGGCGACUACGAGGACGCAGAGCUCAACCCGCGCUUCCUCAAGGACAACCUGAUCCAGGCCAACGGCGCAGGCAGGCCCCCCUGGCCGCCCCUGGAGUGCCAGCCCUACCAGAGCGUCUACGUCGGGGGCCUGAUGGGCGAGGGCGACGGCAAGGCCCCGCCGCUGCGCAGCCAGAGCGCCUCGGAGCCGGAGAAGCGCCUCACCUGGCCGCGCAGGUCCUACUCCUCGCGCAGCUUCGAGGACAGCGGCGGGGGUUACACCCCGGACUGCAGCUCCAACGAGAACCUCACCUCCAGCGAGGAGGAGUUCUCCUCCGGCCAGUCCAGCCGCGUGUCCCCCAGCCCCACCACCUACCGCCUGUUCCGGGACAAGAGCCGCUCGCCGUCCCAACACUCGCAGCAGUCCUUGGAGAGCGGCAGCCCGCCGACGCCGCAGUGUCCGAAGCGGCACCGACAGGCCCAGGUCGUGGUGUCGGAGGCCACCAUUGUGGGUGUGCGCAAGACCGGGCAGAUCUGGCCCAGCGACGGGGACAGCUUGCAUGGAGAGCCAGGUGGGUACCUGCGCCGCCUGCACGGGCCACCGACCCUGUUCUGUGCCCCACUGUUGCGGGGGCGGGGGUCGUGGAGAGGGGGCCGGUGGAAGCUCUUUGGAGUUCUGAAGUAUGUUGUGGACAAAAGGGACCUGGGUGGUCACAAGGGUUGA